CACUUCACCAAAUUGUUGCGAUGGCAGAAAAUACGCUACUGUUGAUAGGUGAUUUACUCCCAAAUUCAUGUGAAAAGAAACAUAUUUAACCAACACUUUUUUCAGUUAUGCUAUGUGCUUAAUAAUGGGAGUUUUAGUAAUGAAAAAAUAACCUUCAACAGUCUUUAAAGUAUAAGUUAGCGCUACCUAGCUAACCACAGUUCUGAUCCUGUGUUAGCUAAGAAGCCAGCAGCAAACCAGUUGUUAAUCGUAAACUAUCACAAGCGGUUCGUAAUGUUGUGGCGAGAAGUGGUGGAUCAAAAAAGGAAUCAGACAGUCGAGACACAGGUAUCAAGGUCUUUUCAAAAUGGAUGUAAGCAUUGCUGUAUCGCUGAUUCGAGGUCAGAUGGGCACCGUGGUUGAGCGGGCCGUGAAUGGAGCGGUGGAGACGGUGCUGGCUGAGAUGCUCAAAGUAGUUGGAGUCAAAUUUGAGGAGCUGAAAGCCCAGGUGGCGCUAAUGAAGAGGGACGUCACGGCACUGCAGAGGGAGAAAGCCCUGAAAGAGAAAGAGAACGACAAUAUUCGAGCCAAGCUGCGCUACACCGAGCUGAAGCUGAAGUACUACAGGCAGGGGGUGGAGGAGGAGCUGCAGCAGAGAGCCUCCACUUCCACUCUGGUCCGCAUCCACCCGUCCUCCUUCCCCCAAACACAGAGAGGUGGUUCAGGCCAUACCUCCACCGAGACCUCGCCAUCCUGCUUGGCUCAGACCAGGACCACUGACGGAGCGCUGACGAGAAGCAGUCAAGAAUGCACCUCUCCACAGAGCACAAGCACACAUGCCAUCAGAGUGCGCUGUCAUUCAGACACGGCAGUCGCCAGCUCCGACUUGUCUGACCUGCUGCCUGUCUCACUGUCAGUGAACGCACCUGCAGAGUCUCUGGAGAGCAGCACAGUUUUGUUCAAUCCCAAAGAGCGAGCUGAGAGCGUGGACGCCGUCGUGGCCCCUCCUCCGGUUCUCGCCCUGACUCUGGAUCUGGAGAAGCAGGCAGCGGCUGGCCCGAUGUCCCCAGAUGGUUCCACACAGGCUGAUAGCUCCACGCUGCCCUCUUCUGCUCUACAGGUGAAGCAGGAGGCCCAGCAGCUGCAGCAGCAGGAGGAGGAGGAGGAGGAGGAGGAGGUGAUCUGUAUCAAGGGGGAGCCAGAGGAAGAGCAGGAGGUGAUGGCCACCUUACUGUUGGACUGCCAGGUGCAGCAGGGUCAUCUUUCAGAGUCAGAGGCUCAAAGUUCAGGGACAGAGUGGUCAGGACUUCCAGCAAGUCAGAGAAGUCACAGUACAACCUUCAGCUCAGCUGGACCAAGCACCUAUUUGAUGCUCCAGCCAACAGCCUCCCUGCCGUCGAUGGUGGCCUUGCCCUCCGGUAUCCCACCACGUCAGGGAGUGCGGCCCUGGACUAAAGACCUCAGCCUCUAUGAAGAAUACAAACUGCGCAGGAACGAGCUCCGCCGGCGGAGUCUCAACAGACGCAGAGAGCUGGAGAAGUCGCUGCCUCAGCCGCUGCUGGCCGAUCUGGUACGAGAGCGUCGAGAGAAGACCAGACUGAGGGUGGCCAGAUGGAGGGCAAAGAGGAAACUGCAGGCGUGUCUGAACCAGGCUCAGGCUGAAAGUGGCGUUGCAGGUCUUUGUGAGACUGGGUUUCCCAUCAGCAGCCAACACCAGGAGCAGCUCCGAGCAGCUGGAGCCUCCACCUCCAGCAGUCACCACAGACAGAGCUCCAGCAGCUUCCUCAACAAUAACAGCAUCUCCGCCACUGUCCCCUUCAUAACCUCCUCCUCCUCCUCCACCUCUUCUGUGCUCCUCAGAGGCCCCAGCAUGGCCACACAUCAGCACGCUGUAACGUCAACAUCAUCGUCCUCCUCCUCCUCCUCCUCCUACCCCCAGGUCAGCCUAUCACAGCAGAGCAUUUGUCUGACAGACACAGAUAUCUUACAGUGAGAUCAUGCACUGAGAUUAAGAGAAUGUAUUAGAAAUAUGUCAUGAGAUAGUUGUGUUGAUUUUGUCAGUGAAAACUGUGAUGGAAAAGAUUUGUUUAUGACAAAACAAGUUUAAAACUAAAUGAAAACAAUAACUACAAUAAAAACAAAAUGAUAGUGUGAAAGAAUAAUUAGUCUUUUAAUGCAAGGUGUUAUGCAGAAUCUGUAGCCUAAAUCCUGAUUUGUGUGUGAGUGAGUGUGAAGAAGUAAACAGUGCCUUUUUUCACUUAACCCCUUGAUUGAUGUGAAAUCUUUAACCAUGGUAACAGCUGUAGUCUCAAAAUACCACUGAUGAAAAAUAGACUAAAAUGAACAGUCAGCUGAUGGAGCUCAGUUAUGUUGAGUUUUGACGACAACAACAAAAAAAAAGUAGAGGCUGUGCUGAAACUUUAGUUCACUGCUUUACUGAGCAUAAAUGACAAUGUUUCAAUCAAUGGUGGCUCCUCAUCCUGACCCACAAUAUAUGUACAGAGCAAAAAAAGUCAGAGGACCUUGUUUUUGCUGUUAUAUAGUAAAUGUUUUACAUAUAAAUUCCAGUAUUAGUAGAAUAAAACAGUCACUGUAAACGUAAUGCAUUCUAAUAACAUUCAGUCUUAUAUAAAGUCAUAGUCCUACAUGCAGGAGGCAUAAAUAGUUUUAUGUAAAUACAUAUGUACAUACCCUCCAAAGUAAGUUUGAUGUGUCUGUCUUGUAGAUGUUCAAGUGUGAUGUAUGUAAUGAUGAGAAUGUGGUGUGACAGGGACAAUGAAUAACUUUUUAGUGAUUGGUGCACUUUAUUGUUUACCAGAAACAUGUGAAGGCUGCUAAGAACAAAAAAAAAGAUGAGAUUGUCCUUUUGCAGUUUUGCAAUUUGUUGAAUUAAACAGGAGAUUGUCAAUCACAGAG